AUAUCUGUGGACCAGAAGAAGCCAUUCAGCCAAGGUUCGGGGAAUUUAGCUUCCCAGACAAGAAUCGCUGUGUAGAAGCGUUGAGGCAAAUACAGGGUUGUUAUGUUUAAGGACUGGAAGAUGGUCAGUGUGGGUGGAGAGUUAGUGGAUGAGGAGGAAAAUGGUGAGAGACUAGGUAGGAUAGGGCCAGGUGAACAGGGCUUAGAAAGCCAGGUUAAUGAGUUUGGAAUUCAUUCUAGGUAUGAUUGGAAGCCAUUGAAGAUUUUUAAAUGGGAGACACGUUAUCUGAUUUACAUUUUUUAAAGGUCACCCUGCUUACAGAGCGCAGCACGUAGGGAAGCAGGACAGCCAGUUAGGAGGCUGCUAUUGUGGUUCGGCCAGGUUUGGGUUAGUGUGCUUGUAGUAACGAUAGAGGAAGGGGGACCCAUGUGGGAUUUAGUUUAGGGCCGGAGUUUAGAGAACUUACUCAUAGGUUAGGGGGUGGGGAGAAGGAGGAAUCAAGGGUAAUUCUGGAUUUUUAUCUUGAGAAACUUGAUGGAUGGUGUCUUUACAGAGAUGAGGAAGAGUGUAGGGUCAGAUUCUGUUGAUCUGAUGUUUGAGACUAGGGCUCCCUAGGGGGAGGUUUGCUGUGAGACUUGGGCAUCUUGUCCUCUUGAUAAAACUUUCCGCAUCUGUAAAUUGAGGGGUCAACUAGAUAUUCUUUAAUAUCCCCUCUACCUUUAGCAUUUUCUGAGCUGUGGGUUGAUUUUAAUUUAAGAUAUCCUGUGGAAGUGCAAGAGCCGGUUUUUUAUUAAAGGGCGAUAUUAAGGGCAGCCAAGCCCUGACGGGAGGCCAAGACUUGCUCACCUAAGGCAGGACGAGUGUCCUAAGCUUCCUCCGUCGCCUGUUCCGUGGGAGAGAACAUGAAUCUGGCUGAUUUCCUUGAAUUCUUUUUGAACCCCUUAUAAGCUGUUGGAUCCAUGUGGAAGAUGAUGAGAGCAAAAGCAGACAUGCGUCAGUUUAAAUUCUACAUCUAUGUAUUUGGUAAGCGGAGGCCUAAAUAACACUGUUAAUAUUUGGGAUUUAAAAUCAAAAAGAGUUCAUCGAUCUCUUAAGGAUCAUAAAGAUGAAGUAACUUGUGUAACAUAUAAUUGGAAUGAUUGCUACAUUGCUUCUGGAUCUCUCAGUGGUGAAAUUAUUUUGCACAGUGUAACCACUAAUUUAUCUAGUACUCCUUUUGGCCAUGGUAGUAACCAGUCUGUUCGGCACUUAAAGUACUCCUUGUUUAAGAAAUCGCUACUGGGCAGUGUUUUGGAUAACGGAGUAGUUACUCUCUGGGAUGUGAAUGGUCAGAGUCCGUACCAUAACUUUGGCAGUACACAUAAAGCUCCAGCUUCAGGCAUCUGUUUUUCUCCUGUCAAUGAACUGCUGUUUGUAACUAUAGGCUUGGAUAAAAGAAUCAUUCUCUAUGACACUUCAAGUAAGAAGCUGGUGAAAACUUUAGUGGCUGAUGCUCCUCUCACUGCAGUAGAUUUCAUGCCCGAUGGAGCCACAUUGGCGAUUGGAUCUUCCCGUGGGAAAAUAUAUCAGUAUGAUUUAAGGACGUUGAAAUCACCCGUUAAAACCAUCAGUGCUCACAAGACAUCUGUGCAGUGUAUAGCAUUUCAGUACUCCACUCCUCUUUCUAAGUCAAGUUUAAAUAAAGGCUGUUCAACUAAGCCCACAGCUGUGAGCAAACGAAGCGUUAAUGUGAACGCCGCUAGUGGAGGAGUUCCGAAUUCCGGAAUUGUCAGAGAAGUGAGCACCCCUUCCAUUGCCACGGUUCUGCCACAGCCCAUGACAACCGUUGUGGGGAAAGGAACAGUUGCUGUUCAAGACAAAGCAGGACAAGUACUUGACUUGGACAAAAAUGUGUUUUGGUGCCUUCUCAGUUUGCCUCGAAGCAUAAAUACAGAUAUUUUAACUAAGGAAACAGACAGUGGAAAAAAUCAGGAUUUCUCUAGCUUUGAUGAUACUGGAAAAAGUAGUUUAGGUGACAUGUUCUCACCUAUCAGAGAUGAUGCUGUAGUUAACAAGGGAGGUGAUGAGUCCGUAGGCAAAGGAGAUGGCCUUGACUUUUUACCACAGUUGAACUCAGUGUUUCCUCCAAGAAAAAAUCCAGUAGCUUCCAGUGCUGCAAUACUGCAUUCUAGUCCUCUGAAUGUCUUUUUGGGCUCUCCAGGGAAAGAAGAAAAUGAAAAUCAUGAUCUGACAGCUGAAUCUAAGAAAAUCUAUCUGGGUAAACAGGAACCUAAGGACUCCUUCAAACAGUUUGCACAGUUGAUCUCUGGUGCUGAAACUGGAAAUCUGAAUACCUCUCCAUCAUCUAAUCAAACGAGAAGUCCUGAGAAAUUUGAAAAGCCGGAGAAAGAAAUUGAAGCCCAGUUAAUACAUGAAGCCCCGGUCAAUGGAUCCUCAACUCCAAAUCCAAAGAUAGCAUCCUCUGUCAGUGCUGGAGUUGCCAGUUCACUAUCAGAAAAAAUAGCUGAUACUAUUGGAAAUAAUCGGCCAAAUGCACCAUUGACAUCUGUUCAAAUCCGUUUUAUUCAGAACAUGAUACAGGAAACAUUGGAUGACUUUAGAGAAGCAUGCCAUAGGGACAUUGUGAAUUUGCAAGUGGAGAUGAUUAAACAGUUUCAUAUGCAAUUGAAUGAAAUGCACUCUUUGUUGGAGAGAUACUCAGUGAAUGAAGGUUUAGUGGCUGAAAUUGAAAGACUACGAGAAGAAAACAAAAGGCUACGGGCCCACUUUUGAAAUUUCAGUGAAUACCUUAAUGUUUUGUAAUUCGAGAAGUUUCUGGCAACACAGAACUACGUGAAAUCAGUAUUGUUUUCAUGGCCUCUGGGAAAAAAUUUUUUUUCAAGUAAAAGCGUGAUGGAAUUUUAUACCAACCACUAUUUCAUCUUCUCUGACUGUCAAAAAAUAUUUAUAUUUUUAUAUUAAAAACUGUAUAAUGUCAUCAAGUAGGAAACCAACAGGAUCUUUAUUUUCUGAAAGCUUUAGCUAUACACUAAGUGCCCUUUUUCAUAAGAGUAGAAAACUGUGCAAAAAAAGGUUAUGUAUGUUUUUUAAUUUCCUUUUUUAACAGAUAUAUUUUUGAUUGACAUUUGUCUUCCAAAUUUUUUUGGAUGUUUGAGGAUUAAAGAGUUUGAUAUGCCUUCUAUUUUUAUGAAAGUAAUUUUCAAAUGGCAAUUGGUAUUUCUAAGCAGUUGACUAAUAAAAUACAAGGUUGGUUGGUAAUUAUUUUGUUAGCUUGAUGAAGUCAAGUAUGACUAUUAUUUAUUACUUGUACAUUUGAUAAGACAAUUUUUGGAAUUUUGAAUUGCACAGAUUACAUUAUACCUAUUGUGUUUAUGUUACUGUAUAAUACUUCUGACAAAUCUCUACUCCUGGUUGAUUUUUUUUUAGUUAACUUCACUUUACCUAUGAUAACUUUUAAAAGUUUAUAAGACUUAAGCAGAGCUGAAUUUCUCAUGAUUAUUUCAUGAAUUAAUAAAUACAAAAUUAUACAGUAAAGUUUCAGUCAACAUGAUUAACUUAUAAUCAGUGAAAAUUUCAUAUUAGAUACUACUACAGUAUUAUUACCUUGUUUUUUCCCAGAUGAGAAGUGUGGAUUAUUUUGUUUUGUGGCCUGUAUCAUUAACUUUCUGUAAUUCUUUGUGUGCUGUGUGUAUUAUUUUUAUUGACCUUACCAUAAAAUUUAGGAAGGUUAAUUGUCAAAAGAAUUUAUACCUCUGACAACAGGUGGAUGUGUACAUCUGCUUGUGUGAUCUGCAGCUUCAGUGGUGUAAGACGAGGAGGGCUACUGGCGUGUUUACCUUCUUGUAGUCUCUUCUUCCAAAGAGUUAACUAUACCUUGUAUACCGCACUCCUGCCCCAUUUUGACUUCUGAGAUGAAAAUAUUUACUAAAAUGAAAAAGAAAUCUAGCUAGCUUACUAACUUUAUGGUUUUCCAAAGCGAUGGAAAAUUUUAAGGCUAUAUUAAGUGUAAACAUACUAAUAAUUACUUUUAAGAAAUAAAAACAGAAAUAUUACCUUUUCCCAGAAUAUAUUUGUACUGAAGCAUAAAGGGGUGCUAAUGUGAUCUUUCUCCUGACAAAUUAUAAAAGCAUUAUGACUUGUAACAAGUUUCCUUAUAUAUCAUUAUCGAACAGGUUUAGAAGACAUAUAAGUGUGUUUGCCUACAUGCUGUAUUUAGAUCCAUUAUUAUUUUCCUAUUGCCUUUUUCUAUACAUGCACUUAACGUGUAUUAAAAGAAGUGAGAUAAAUAAAACAAUUUUAGUAUCUU